CGCUCUCUCCUUCUCUCUGCCACUGGGCUCGGCUUGCUUUGCCUCCGCGAAGGGAUCCCAGGAGCAGCCACCAUGGCCGACAUGAAAACAGGCAUCUUUGCGAAAAAUGUCCAGAAGAGACUGAACAGGGCGCAGGAAAAGGUCCUUCAGAAGCUAGGGAAAGCUGAUGAAACAAAAGAUGAGCAGUUUGAAGAGUAUGUUCAGAACUUCAAACGGCAAGAGGCAGAAGGUUCCAGGCUCCAAAAAGAACUCCGAGGAUAUUUAGCCGCAAUCAAAGGCAUGCAGGAUGCUUCAAAGAAGCUUACAGAGUCUCUGCAUGAAGUAUAUGAGCCUGACUGGUAUGGCCGGGAAGAUGUAAAAACAGUCGGAGAGAAAUGUGAUGUGCUUUGGGAAGAUUUCCAUCAAAAGUUGGUAGAUGGGUCAUUGCUGACCUUGGACACAUAUCUGGGACAGUUUCCUGAUAUAAAGAAUCGUAUUGCAAAGCGGAGCAGGAAGCUGGUGGACUAUGACAGUGCGAGACAUCACUUGGAAGCCUUGCAGAGUUCAAAGAGAAAAGAUGAAGGCAGAAUUUCCAAGGCAGAAGAAGAGUUUCAGAAAGCACAAAAAGUAUUUGAAGAUUUUAACAUCGAUUUGCAAGAAGAGCUGCCAUCUUUAUGGUCAAGACGUGUUGGCUUUUAUGUGAACACAUUCCAAAAUAUCUCCAGCCUUGAAGCCAAAUUUCACAAAGAAAUAACUUUGCUAUGCCAUAAACUUUAUGAGGUGAUGAAUAAACUCGGAGAACAGCAUGCUGACAAGGCCUUCACUAUUCUAGGAGCACCCAGUGAUUCAGGUCCACUGCGCAUUGCAACUACUCCAUCACCGCCUGAAGAGGCCUCGCCUCCGCUUAGCCCUGAAGCAAGUCCAAAUCAUACAUUGGCAGCACCACCGUCUCCAGCACCAGCACGGCCUAAAUCUCCUUCACAGCUGAGGAAAGGACCCCCUGUCCCACCGUUGCCUAAACUCACACCAACAAUAGACCUGCAACAGGAGAAUAUCAUCAGCUUGUUUGAUGACAACUUCGUCCCAGAAAUAAAUGUGACAACUCCGUCACAGAAUGAAGUUCCUGAAGCUAAAAAAGAAGAGUCCUUGUUAGACAUGGACUUUGAUCCUUUCAAGCCUGAUGCUGCAUCUACUGUGGUAACCCAUUCGCCAAUGUCUCAGACGCUACCCUGGGAUCUAUGGACGACAAGCAGUGAACUGGUGCAGCCGGCACCCAGCAGUGCUUUUAAUGGAUUCACACAGGAUACUUCCCUAUUCUCAAUGCAAUCAAGUCAGAAUGUGAUAGAUAACAUGGCUGAGGCAGAAGAAACUCCAUCUUUAGACCUCCAGGAGGAGGAAGCCCUAAUUGCACCUGAUGUUGCUACCGAGCCAGAAGCACAGCCUGUGGAGGCUGGUGAGCCAGAAGCUGAAACUGUGGAUACUGUAGAAUCAGGUGCAAAGGAGGAGACACCAGAACUUUCUGAGAAAGAGUGUGAGUUACAGAUGGAUUCUGUAAUGGAGGUUCCUACCGAAGCUGAGGGUGUUGAUGUCACUGCUGCAAAUGAAGGUGAAGUUGCUAUUGUUGCUGAAACAGGUGUUGUGGAAAGUGACAUACCUUGCACUGAAGGAAAAGCAGAGGAAUCUCAGGAAAACCUCAGCAACAUCCCGUCAGUAGUAAUAGAGCCUGCAUCAAACAAUGAAGGUGAUGGAGAAGAUCAUGAGGUUCUAGUGAAUGAAUCUAAAGAUGCUGUGGAAGAUCCUGGCACUCAGGGUGCUGAAGGCCUAGCUGGUGAACCUUCAGAGGCUGCAAGUGAGCCCAAACCCAUCAAAGAUGUACCGGCUGCAUCUCCUGAGGAACAGCCUGUAUCAGCACAUGUCGGCAUGCCACCUGGCUUCCUCUUUAAGGUUGAAGCGCUACAUGAUUUUGAGGCAGCCAAUAAUGAUGAGCUGAACUUGCUGCGUGGAGACACUGUAUUAGUAAUCCCAUCUGCAGCAGCUGCUGAUCAGGAAGCAGGCUGGCUAACAGGCAUUAAGGAAUCUGACUGGCUUCAAUACAAAGAUGUAGCUCCAUAUAAGGGACUUUUCCCUGAGAACUUCACCCGCCAUUUGGAGUAG